GGAGACUGGCUCAGCGGCCGCUUCUGAACGUCCAGGCCAGCGAUGCUGCUGCUGUUGGUGUCAAUGGUCGCGGCGUUGGCGCUCGCGGCACCGGCCCCCGGAACACAGGAGAAAAGGCUGCAAGUGGCCCAGGCGCCCAACGUGGUGCUAGUCGCCAGUGACUCCUUCGAUGGAAGACUAACAUUUCAACCAGGAAGUCAGGUAGUAAAACUUCCCUUCAUUAACUUCAUGAGAGCACAUGGCACCACCUUCUUAAAUGCCUACACUAACUCUCCCAUCUGCUGUCCAUCGCGUGCAGCAAUGUGGAGUGGCCUCUUCACUCACUUAACAGAAUCUUGGAAUAAUUUUAAGGGUCUGGAUCCAAAUUACACAACAUGGAUGGACAUCAUGGAGAUGCAUGGUUAUCAGACACAGAAGUUUGGAAAACUAGACUAUACUUCAGGACAUCAUUCCAUUAGUAACCGUGUAGAAGCAUGGACAAGAGAAGUUCCGUUCUUGCUCCGACAAGAAGGCAGGCCCGUCGUUAAUCUUAUCCCUGAUAAGUAUAGAAGGAGAGUGAUGGCCAAGGAUUGGCAGAAUACAGAGAAAGCUAUCAGUUGGCUAAGACAGGUUAACUACACCAAACCAUUUGUUCUUUACUUGGGAUUGAAUUUGCCACACCCUUACCCUUCACCAUCUUCAGGAGAAAAUUUUGGCGCUUCUACAUUUCACACUUCUCUUUACUGGCUUGAAAAGGUAGCUUAUGAUGCAAUCAAAAUCCCAAAGUGGUUGGCUUUGUCACAAAUGCACCCUGUGGAUUAUUAUUCCUCCUAUACAAAAAACUGCACUGGAAAGUUUACUGGAAAUGAAAUUAAGAGCAUUAGAGCAUUUUAUUAUGCUAUGUGUGCUGAGACAGAUGCCAUGCUGGGUGAGAUUAUUUUGGCUCUUCGCCAAUUAGAUCUUCUGCAGAAAACCAUUGUUGUAUACACUUCAGACCACGGGGAGAUGGCUAUGGAACACCGCCAGUUCUAUAAAAUGAGCAUGUAUGAAGCUAGUGUCCAUGUUCCUUUUUUGAUGAUGGGACCAGGAAUUAAGGCCAACCUACAAGUACCAUCUGUUGUUUCUCUUGUGGAUAUUUACCCUACUAUGCUUGACAUUGCUGGGAUCGCUCCGCCUCCAAACUUGAGUGGAUACUCCUUGUUGACACUGUUGUCAAAUACAUCUGCAAAUGAACAGGCCUUCAAAGUCCACCAUCCACCUUGGAUUCUGAGUGAAUUCCACGGAUGCAAUGCAAAUGCUUCCACCUACAUGCUUCGAACAGGCCGUUGGAAGUACAUAGCCUACUCUGAUGGUGCUUCGGUGCCGCCUCAGCUCUUCGAUCUUUCCUUGGAUCCAGAUGAGCUAACAAACAUUGCUACAGAAUUUCCAGAAAUUACUUAUUCUUUGGACCAGAAGCUUCGUUCUAUUAUAAACUACCCUGAAGUGUCUGCUUCUGUCCAUCGAUAUAAUAAAGAGCAGUUUAUCAUGUGGAAACAAAGCGUAGGGCAAAAUUACUCAAACGUUAUAGCACACCUUAGGUGGCAUCAAGAUUGGCAAAAAGAUCCAAGGAAGUAUGAAAAUGCAAUCCAACGGUGGCUUGCAGCCCAUUCCAGUCCAGUAGUUAGUAGCCCACAGCAAUUCACCAGGGGCUCUCAGCCCACUCUUCUCCAGUCCUCCAGUGGCUCACAGCUCACUCUUCUCCAGUCCUCCAGUGGCUCUCAGCCCACUCUUCUCCAGUCCUCCAGUGGCUCACAGCCCACUCUUCUCCAGUCCACCAGUGGCUCUCAGCCCACUCCUCUCCAGUCCACCAGUGGCUCACAGCCCACUCCUCUCUAGUCCACCAGUGGCUCACAGCCCACUCUUCUCCAGUCCACCAGUGGCUCACAGCCCACUCCUCUCCAGUCCACCAGUGGCUCACAGCCCACUCUUCUCCAGUAACAAUAAACAAUAAUAAUCUCAAGCUAUAUAUGAAUGUGUUGGUAAGUAUUAAACUGAAAGUCUUAGCAAUUGCCAAUUUUACUUACUUUCAAAAUACUUACUAUAUCUUAAGUGCCAAUGACUACAGAACUCAUAUUUUCAAAACUAGUUAUACUGAGUCCUUAUUGUUGCAGACCUCUGACAGUUUAACAUCAGUUUUCAAGAACAGAAGCAAACAUUCUUGUUGUUUCCCUGCAUAAUACAGAAUAUGAGAUAUUUUAACAGCCAUCAGUUAUUAUUUAUAAAUCAUGUUUCAUGACUUACUAGGUUUUUAAUGAAACUCUGGAUGUAUUUGAUGUGUUAGAACUAUUUAAUGGGACAUAGACUCUGGAUAUAUUUGAUUUUAUUUUUUUGUUGUUGUUGUUUAGAAAAGGAAAAGAAAAAAAGAAUAUGAAGCUCCCUUCCUUUCUUGGUCAGCUCCCUCCAGAGGGCAAUCACAAUGACCUUGCUUGUAUCCUUUUGUGGGCAAGCUAUACGUUAGUCACCAACCAAAUGAAUAUAUUCUUUACAUAUACACGCAGGCAUACACACAGUUGAUCAUGUGCUAUAUAGUGUUUCUUCUGGCAUAUUGUGUUCUGGCUGUUAUUUUCUAGUUCCAAUUAACAAUAGAUGUUGAGAAGUAAAACUGCUAAACCAGAAUCUAUAAAAAUUUCUGUAGAUUUUCCCAAGCUGCUUCUAACAGUUGGCAUUCCCACCAAUAGGUAGCAAAUAUUUUAUUUUUAUUUAUUGUGAGUACUGACAUUUUUUCAUAGGUCUAAUAACCACUAGAAUUUGCAUCAGAAUGACCUUCCCUAUGUCUAUUGGCCGUUUUCUCUAUAGGUUGUUAGGAUUGUUUUUCUGUUACACGCAUGCUUUUAGAUAUUAGCCUUUUGAAAAGCAAAAGAGAAUAAAAGACUAGAGAGAUUGUUCCGUGGUUCAAAGCACUUGCUUCGUCAGAGGACUAAUAUCCAAUUAUUGGCACCCACACGGUAGCUCACAAGUUGCAUAUGGCCCUAAUCCAGGGGAGACAAUGCUCUUUUCUGGCCUCCAACGGAGCCCGGCAAGCAUGUAGUGCACAGACUAAAUUAAGGCAAGACACUCUUUCACAUAAAAUUUAAAAAAUAGUAAACAAAUUUAAAAGAAAAAUACUGGAAA